AUGCCUGGACAGUUACAGAACGGCGCGUCCGCGUAUUACGCGCAGCAGCAGCAACAAUCGCCACAACCGCCGGGCGGCGGCCAGCCGAUACCGGGGAUACCGCAGCAUCAUCACUAUCAAUACGCCGGCCCGGCUGGACAGGAACCGAAUGUUAUUAACGGUGGUAAUUAUAAUCGCUACGCGCAGACCUUUAGUGGUGGAGGUGGGCAUCAGCAGCAGUUGCACUUUGGGGCUACAAAUUCUGCACCGGAACAGCCGUCGUAUUUAUCGAAUCAGACGAACGGGCAGACGCAGGAUUUCGUCCAAGCGAGCGCGUAUUACCGCCAACCGCAGAAUCAGCGAUAUUCAAUCGACCAGGCGUUUAUCGAUCAAUCGACCUCCUCGGCGAUAGGGUACAACAAUAAUAGCGACGGUCGCAUGUACAAUACCAAUAAUUCUAUCGCUGGAAUGAUAGGCGCGGAGCAGUUGUACGCAAACGCAAGCGCGGCUGCCGAAAGCGCAGCAAAGGCGUUUGCGUUGCAACAGCAACAACAGCAACAGCAGCAGCGGCAGCAGCAACAACAACACGUAAAUGGUAGUAAUAAUGGCGCAGGGACGACGACUUCAGCUUUAACCGGUGGUUUUCAUUCGCAACCAUUUAGUAGCAGCAGCGGCGUAGUCUAUAGCGGUAACCAGGCGGCGGUGAAUAACGUUCCUCUGACGAAACAGGAAGGUUUCGCGAGGGUCUCAUCCGGACUGACUGAAAACUCCAAUUACAGCGCGAAUUCUCGCAUCGAUCCCAUAGAUCUUCCGUUGGAUAUUCUCGACGAACCGAAGACGACUUUGGAAAGCUACCAGUAA